AUGUCAUCCCGCCCUUCAACUUCGUCGACCCACCUCCCCGUCCCACCCUCAAUCCCACCGGCACUCCAUCAACUAGCCAACCCCGCUCCGGUACUCAUCGACUCGCAGUUACCAAAUUACCUCUUACCGAAUGUCCUCGACCUGCUUAGAGACUCAUCAAGGCAUGUGAUACGGAGAAAGAGGGAGCAGGAGGAUUCCCUAAGGUCUGAGGGGUUAUUACCGCCUUUAGAGAAAGGGAAGGGCAAGCAGAUUGAGGAUGAAGAGGAGAAGCUCGUAGAGGAUGAGCUGGUCAGGAAGGUUGAGAGAGUUGGAUUGAUGGUCGGUGGUCAUAUUGCUGAAAAGUUGACACUGGCAAGACCACCUUUGGCAACUCACUUGGAUAUCAUCAAAUUCAUAUGUAAGGAUCUGUUCUUAUAUGUGUAUUCGAAACAGAUCGAUAAUCUACGUACGAAUCAUAAGGGAAUAUUCGUACUCCAAUCUCAUUCAUUCCCCCCUCUCAUACCUCUAUCAACCUAUAAAGGCUCCUCGAACGAUAUCGAGAUUGCUAAAUCUCACCUCUUAUUCCCCCAAGCUUUGUUACAAGGUGCAUUAGUCAGAUUAGGUAUGAACGCCGUUGUGACAGCCGAAUCAAGUGGAUUACCCCAAUGUACAUUCCAAAUCCGUACCAUCAAACCCACCACCCCAGUUCCCUCGACACCUUCCACAGCAGGUGCAGGUACACCUAAUCUCAAUCCGCAGCAGCAAGGUCAGGCUGGAGUACAGAGACAAACGAGUGAUCUGAGAGGAUCGACAGGGUUGGGUAUAGGUCAUGCUGGUAUAUAA